CCCCAAACCGUACAAGUUUUAGAUAGAGCUCUCGCCGUUUUUCUUCGUUUCGGUAAAUCUUCUUUCCCCCAUUCGUUCUUGUGCGAACCCUAAUUCGGAGAGUAUCAGCAAUUUACGGGUUUAAGUUCCUCAAUUGCUCUAGUUGUCCAUAGGCAUACACGUGUUGGUGGUUUCCCUUACUUGGCACAGGUGGUUGUGUUAAAUGGCAUCUGUGUCCAGUCAGCCACAGUUCCGUUACACCCAACCCCCUUCUAAGGUGCUUCAUUUGAGGAACUUGCCGUGGGAAUGCACAGAGGAGGAGUUGAUUGAACUUGGGAAGCCAUUUGGUAAAGUUGUAAACACAAAAUGCAAUGUGGGGGCAAACCGAAAUCAAGCAUUUAUUGAAUUUGCUGAUCUGAAUCAAGCUAUAGCUAUGAUUUCCUACUAUGCUUCAUCUUCAGAACCUGCUCAAGUACGGGGUAAAACUGUUUACCUCCAAUAUUCCAACAGGCAAGAAAUAGUAAACAACAAAACAACUGCAGAUGUUGCUGGCAAUGUUCUGUUGGUGACAAUUGAGGGUCAGGAUGCUCGCCUAGUCAGCAUUGAUGUCUUACACCUGGUGUUUUCAGCUUUUGGAUUUGUCCAUAAAAUUACUACCUUUGAGAAGACAGCUGGAUUCCAGGCGCUGGUGCAAUUUUCUGAUGCCGAAACUGCUUCAUCUGCAAAAAAUGCUCUGGAUGGAAGAAGCAUCCCUAGGUAUUUGCUUCCUGAGCAUAUGGGACCCUGUACCCUUAGGAUCACUUACUCUGCUCACACUGACUUGAGUGUAAAGUUCCAGAGCCAUCGGAGCAGGGACUAUACUAAUCCGUACCUUCCUGUGGCUCCAUCAGCUAUUGAUGGCAGUGGUCAGAUUGCAGUGGGUCUUGAUGGAAAAAAGCUAGAGCCUGAGAGUAAUGUUCUUCUUGCAUCAAUUGAGAACAUGCAAUAUGCAGUCACCUUGGAUGUUUUACACAUGGUUUUCUCUGCUUUUGGGCCUGUACAGAAGAUUGCCAUGUUUGACAAGAAUGGUGGAGUGCAGGCUUUGAUUCAAUACCUUGACGUGCAAACUGCUGUUGUUGCCAAGGAAGCAUUGGAAGGGCAUUGCAUCUAUGAUGGAGGAUUCUGCAAGCUUCAUAUCUCAUAUUCACGACACACCGAUCUUAGUAUAAAGGUGAAUAAUGACCGCAGCAGAGAUUAUACAAUCCCUAACACAGCCCUAGUAAAUCCUCAACCUUCAAUAUUGGGGCAACAGCCUGGUCAGAUGCUGGCUCCUGCUGCUCAUCAAUACAAUGGGGUUCCAUUUGCUACAAGUGCAGAACAGCCUGGUAUGCCCCAGCCCUCUGGUGGAUGGGCUGCUCCUGUUCCACUCGCACCUCACUCCAUGCCAAUGCAGAUGAAUAAUCCUCGGUAUGUGCCUCCUGGGACCAUGCCACCUACAGGCCCUGGAAUGAUGCAGAUGCCCAGCCACGGUGGCAUGCCACAAGGAGGGCCUGUUCCUCCCUAUGGUCCUGGCCGGAUGCAAUAACAUCUUCUGAAUUUGCAAGAUUGAUGGCAAUCUUCUAGGAAACUGCACGAUAGGAUUUGGAGAAGGAUUUUCCUUGCCCGUGCGAAAAACUUCUGAAAAGAUCAUCCAACGCAAAACCUCAAAACUUUUUAUUGUCCAAUUUUGGGGCGAGGUUGUGUACACAGUAGCAUGGCCUUCCUGCUAAGGUCAAAAUCUUCAACCCUGAUGGCUGAUAGUACUAGUGAAACUAUUGAGAUGCUUUUAUUUAUUUAGCUGAAUGUUGGAUUGUGGAAUUUCUGUCUUUAAAACAACAAAUGGAGAAAUCUUUUGCCUCAUUUGUACUCGUAUUGGUGGAAGAACCAUUUUGACUCUUUGUUUCGAACAACAAAGAACUCUGACAUCAAUCCUUAAUCUAAUUUUAUCCA